CGCACUCUGGGAGGCGGGUGGGGGCCGGCGGUGCGUGCAGCGAGGUCGGCGCACAGCUCCCGCAGCGGGUCGCUCGGGCGCUGUCCAGGCGGAGCCGGCCCGACACGGGCUGCAGCCAUGAUCAAGCGUUUCCUGGAGGACACCACCGAUGAUGCAGAAUUGAGCAAGUUCGUGAAGGAUUUCCCAGGAAGUGAGCAGUGCCACCCACCGGAGGUCAAGACUAGGGUGUGCAGGCCCCAAAUCUCAGAGCCAAGACCCCAGGCUCCAGACCUCUAUGAUGAUGACCAGGAGUUCAAAGCCCCCUCGUGGCCCCAGUCCUCUGACAGCCAGCAGUACAUCUGUGCCCCAGCUCCUCUCAGCCCUUGCAGCAGGCCCCGCAGCCCAUGGGGCAAGCUGGAUCCUUAUGAUUCCUCUGAGGAUGACAAAGAAUAUGUGGGCUUUGCAACCCUCCCCAACCAAGUUCACCGAAAGUCUGUGAAGAAAGGCUUCGACUUUACCCUCAUGGUGGCAGGAGAAUCUGGCCUGGGUAAAUCCACUCUUGUCAAUAGCCUCUUCCUCACUGAUCUAUACCGAGAUCGGAAACUCCUUGGUGCUGAAGAGCGGAUCAUGCAAACUGUGGAAAUUACUAAGCAUGCGGUGGAUAUAGAAGAGAAGGGUGUGAGACUGCGGCUCACCAUUGUGGACACACCAGGUUUUGGGGAUGCAGUCAACAACACAGAGUGCUGGAAACCUGUGGCAGAAUACAUCGACCAGCAGUUCGAGCAGUACUUCCGGGAUGAAAGUGGCCUGAACCGAAAGAACAUCCAAGACAACAGGGUGCACUGCUGCCUGUACUUCAUCUCACCCUUCGGCCACGGGCUCCGGCCAUUGGAUGUUGAGUUCAUGAAGGCCCUGCAUCAGCGGGUCAACAUCGUGCCUAUCUUGGCUAAGGCGGACACACUGACACCUCCAGAAGUGGACCGCAAGAAACGCAAAAUCCGGGAGGAGAUUGAGUACUUUGGAAUCAAGAUCUAUCAGUUUCCUGAUUGUGACUCUGAUGAGGAUGAGGACUUCAAAUUACAGGACCAAGCCCUAAAGGAAAGCAUCCCAUUUGCGGUAAUUGGCAGCAAUACUGUGGUAGAAGCCAGGGGGCGGCGAGUUCGGGGCCGACUUUACCCUUGGGGCAUCGUGGAAGUGGAAAACCCAGGGCACUGCGACUUUGUGAAGCUGAGGACAAUGCUGGUGCGUACCCACAUGCAGGAUCUGAAGGAUGUGACUCGGGAGACACAUUAUGAGAACUACAGGGCACAGUGCAUCCAGAGUAUGACCCGCCUAGUGGUGAAGGAACGAAAUCGCAACAAACUGACUCGAGAGAGUGGUACUGACUUCCCCAUCCCUGCUGUCCCACUAGGGACAGAUCCAGAAACUGAGAAGCUAAUCCGAGAGAAAGAUGAGGAGCUGCGGCGGAUGCAGGAGAUGCUACACAAAAUCCAAAGACAGAUGAAGGAGACCCAUUAACUGGCUUUUGGACCUGGAUAUUUAAAUGUCUUCUUUCUGCUCCUGCCAGCCCCUCCCAGCACCAGCUCUGCUCAGGCCCCUGCAGCUACUGCCACUUCGCCUUAUAUCCCUGCUGACUCCUCAGAGACUCAGAGGAAAUAAAGUUUAAUAAAUCUAUAGGUGGCU